UGGCAGAACCCAAACUCACGGGAGUAAACCCGGCUAGCUAGGAAUACUGUGCCAAAUUGGGAAAUAUUCUUUAUUCUAGUCAACUAAUCAAGGCCAUGACCCCCAAUUUGUCUGCAAAAUAAGGCGGCGCCAAAGUGAAUUAGAGAAGACAAGGCGUGAUCCCUGGAAGUUGGAGAUCAUUAUUUUUGGAUCACAAUAUCGAGAAAUUAUCUGAGUGACCAACAUGUCUCACAAACCAACACCUUAUUCUCCGAACUUCCCUCCGAGUCAGGGCUACGCACCGCCAUAUGAAGACGAGAAGGCCAAAGAGAACUACCCUCUUGCUCAGCCAGGGUACCCUAACGCUCCCCCAGUCGGGUACCCAGGCCCUCCUGGACCGUUUACACCUCCGGGGGCACCUCCUGUGCCCCCUGGCACUCAACCCGGCUUCCAACCUGGUUUUCAGCCCGGUUUUCAGCCCGGCUUUCAGCCAGGUUUUCAGCCUGGAUUCUCGCCGGGCUACCCGCAGCCACAGCCGCAGCAUGGAUACCCGCACCCACAGCAAGGGUACCCCGCGCCUGUCGUACAGCAGCCUGCCCCGCAAGGUGCUCCAGGUGGAUGGAUGAGUAUCCCGACCGGUCUCACCAACUGCCCCCCAGGUCUAGAAUACCUCUCCAUGAUCAACCAACUGCUGGUCCACCAGAAGGUCGAGCUGCUGGAGGCCUUCGUGGGCUUCGAGACCAACAACAAGUACACCAUAAAGAACAGCGUCGGGCAGAAGGUGUACUUCGCCGUGGAGGACAAUGACUGCUGCACGAGGAUGUGCUGCGGACCGAUGCGGCCGUUCGACAUGAAGAUCUUGGACAACUUCCAGAACGAGGUUAUCCAUUUGCGUCGGCCGCUCGCUUGCUCGACUUGCUGGUGCCCGUGCUGGCUCCAGUCCAUGGAGGUGACCGCUCCGCCCGGCACCGUCAUCGGAUCCAUUGAGCAGGAGUGGUCAAUCUGCAAACCAAGCUUCGUCAUUAAGAAUGCCGCAGGCGACGUGGUGCUCAGGAUCAAGGGCCCAUUGUGCACGUAUUCGAUCUGUGGCGACGUUGGUUUCAAGGUGUACUCGAAAGACGGCGAAAACAAGGUCGGCAAAAUAACAAAGCAGUGGUCCGGGCUGGCUCGCGAGGCGUUCACCGACGCCGACUACUUCGGGAUCAGCUUCCCCAUGGACCUGGACGUCAGGAUCAAGGCUGUGCUGCUCGGGGCCUGCUUCCUUAUUGACUUCAUGUUCUUCGAAAAAUCCGGAAACCAGGAAAAUGACGGGGCCGGAAUGUUGUAACAAAACAGUCAUUGUAAUGGGGAAGGUGCAAAAGAAACAUUUAAAACACAUUCUUCACUAAUGAGGCCAAAGUAAUCACUAAGGAUCAACCACACCGAACCACACUGGAGCAGACCAAAGAUAAGAUUUACCUACCUACCCAGAUUGACCCCUGGAACACUUGUCUCACACGUUGCGUUAUUUACCCAGAUUGACCCCUGGCACACUUGUCUCACACGUUGCGUUAUUUACCCAGAUUGAUCCCUGGCACACUUGUCUCAACGUUGCGUUAUUUACCCAGAUUGACCCCUGGCACACUUGUCUCACACGUUGCGUUAUUUACCCAGAUUGACCCCUGGCACACUUGUCUCAACGUUGCGUUAUUUACCCAGAUUGACCCCUGGCACACUUGUCUCACACGUUGCGUUAUUUACCCAGAUUGAUCCCUGGCACACUUGUCUCAACGUUGCGUUAUUUACCCAGAUUGACCCCUGGCACACUUGUCUCACACGUUGCGUUAUUUACCCAGAUUGACCCCUGGCACACUUGUCUCACACGUUGCGUUAUUUACCCAGAUUGACCCCUGGCACACUUGUCUCACACGUUGCGUUAUUUACCCAGAUUGAUCCCUAGCACACUUGUCUCAACGUUGCGUUAUUUACCUACCCAGAUUGACCCCCGGCACACUUGUCUCACACGUUGCGUUAUUUUCUCGGCAAGAGGUGCGUCAACGUCUUUUAACCCCCUCAACUUCCAGAGGUCUAGAGUUGCCAGCGAAAAAACGACUUGUAGUCUGUAGUAUUAACCUUUUGGACGCCAAUGAUGGAUAUAUCCGCACCGUAGGUACAACGCCAAAGACGGAUUAAUCCGUCACAGACCACAGAGCAACAUAGACCUAGACCUACGUGCAUAUGCAUAGUCCGAGUGACAGCUUUUGUGUUUGACACGACGUCGAAAAGGUUAGGUAUAAAAUUGAAUUUUGAUUCUCUUACCUGCCCGACUCGAUAUACCGUCAGUGUGUCGGUGAGAAUGAGAGGGUUCAAGCUUCGGUGUGGUCGAUUCUUUAUGGGAUUGUGAAUCAGAUGAAAAAAAAUCACCUUUUAGAUGUUUCAUAUUUCAGUGAUAAUAGAAGACAACCGUAUACUUAAACGCCGUUUUAGAAGGCCAAACACAUAUUUAAGUAAAGCCUGACCAGUAAUAUUAUAUGAACACGCGCCAGGUUGCGGAAUUUCAUUGGAACGAGUGUUUUAUACUACGCUAUGAAUGAGAAUGACAGCGCCCUCUUGAAUUGAUCACAUAUUCAUAAUAAUAUAUUACUGGUCAGGCUUUAAAAAAAAUAUAUGUAAGUAUGGAAUUUUUUGAUAGUUAUUGACGAAUUGCUGGAAUCUCCUUAGUUGGAUUUUAUUUGCUAUAUAUUAAAUUUACAUUUGCAUAUUUAUGUAAUGAAAUGCAUUCUUCCCCACUGCAUAAUUAUUUAAGCCGCUGGAGUAAAUAAGCCUAUCUAAGGUGCUUUUUCAACGUAAUAAUAUUUGAUAAAGCAUUUACAAUGUUUACCUUUUUUGAUGAUUAUAAAUUUAUUAUUAGUUUUAUGAAUCUCGUAUGAAGAAUGUUUUCGCGCAAUCGCUUAUUUUGUUUUGAUACGUAAGUGUAGCUUUAUACAUUAGAAUUUAUACACUGAAGAAUUUCUUAUGUACCUAACGUUGACCUUCGAUUUUAUAGUUUAUAAAGUUUGCAUUUUGUAAUGCAUUUUCUAGAGUGAAUAAUAUACAAAUACCGCUUAAAGCCUUUACCUCCCUUUAUACUAAGUGAGAAAACCGAAAUUGUUUUAGUCGUUUGCUAGACCCGAGCGGCGUGGCAUUACGUUAUACAAGGUGUAACAAAACUAGUGGGGACCCGUUUAAGGGCAUAUUCUCUAUCGUGUUCUGAUUAGGAAAAAGUAAAAGAGUGAAUGUUUUUUGUACUUUUUCCUAAUCAGAACACGAUCGAUACCUAAUAUGCCCUUAAACGAAUCCCCACUAUUUUUGUUACACCUUGUAUUUUUGUGUAUUUCUGGCCAUCGGGUUCUGCUCUGUCAUCAUCAUCUGUCAUUUUGGCUGUAUUAACAAACGUGUGCGUACGCGGAGUAUCGCUUUUUACUUAGUCGUAGUUAAUUAAUAUUAAAUACUGAUAAUAGUGAUAAUAUAAUGUAAAAUUGAGACUGGCGUGAUCACCGUAGGUCCACGUACAAUAAAUCUAAACUGUCCUACAGACAACGUAUAGACGUAUCGUAUACUACGAAUAUAAACUAUGAAGAUGUAUAGAACUCUGAUAUACAUACUAUAGUUUACACAGAAGCAAUAAAACGUCCAUUAUAAAAUAAAUAUUAAAUAAUAAUAAUCAUUUAGUACAUGUUCUUAUUUUACGAAAUUCAGUCGUACAUACAUAUAUUUUAUGUUGUUACUUAGGUAGCCACCUUUUUUUAAAGGCUUUUUCAGACAGUACGAAAGGAUUAAGUACCUAGUUAGACUAAGAGAAGUCCGCAACGAUUUUGAUAGCACACGCAGUGCAAGUGUUAUUUUAAACGUCAAAUUUCUAUAAAAUUAUGACGUAUACAUAACACUUGCACUGUGUGUGCUAUGAAAAUCGUUGCAGACUUCUCUUG